CUUGCACUCACUGCGGCCCUUGGAAGCCACACUAAAUAAGCUGUCUCUUUCUUCAUUCCUCGUAACUAUAUGAUUUGUUUGGCGGUGCCCGCUAUAUUCCUGCCAGGGAAAUAAUUUGCCUGCUGCUGCUCUUCAGGCUCCCUGUAGGGGGAGAGGGAGAGACGGACACACUUACACACACACACACACACACGCACACACGCACACGCUGGCUCUCAGACACAGACAGCAGGCCAGCUAACACACACACAUGCACAGAUCACACACAGGAACGCCGCACAGAUCUGCGACUGCACCCCACACAAUGCAUAUACAGAUACACUAGCAUCAGUGCCACAGGCCGGCACCUACAUCCAUCAGGAAGGCUCAGAGAGCAGCCUGACAUACACGCAGAUGUCACACACAAGCAGGUCUGUCACAUUCAGACAGCUCUGACACACGGUUAUGUCACAUUCAGACACAGCGCUGUCUCAUACACACAGAUAGAAGUGACAGUCACCGGGCUGAAUCACACACUCAGACCUGUCACACAUAUACACUGCUGCUGAUUGCUCCGCUUAACUCUCCCUUCGCCAGGAGAAGAUCUACCAGACCCAUCACAUUCUGGUCUUGAGUUGGGUGUCUGUAAAGAUCAUGUGAUUAAUGUGUAUCCUGUUACCCUGUGGGCUCCUCGUCAUAUCCUGGGGCAAUGCUCUACAGUGCCUGUCAGAAUGUCAGCCUGCAGCUCAUUCACAGAGCAUGUCUGGAAACCAGGGGAGUGCAAGAACUGCUUUCAGCCAAAGGGGCAGCACCAACUGGCAGCUCUUAAUAGGGGAAAUCCUACACAGCCUCCUCCUCCUCCCCCCCCACCACCUCCCUACAGAGGGUAUCAUGCCAAGAUUGUCUCCAGUCAGAGGUCACGUGCGGCCACUGGGUUCAGACCCCCUGUGGCCAAAAAGCCUACCAUUGCUGUUAAACCCACCAUGAUGGCAGUUGAGGGAGCUGCUUGCCAACCAACCCAUGGCCAAGCAAGGGCAAUUUUGCCCCAACAACCAACCCAAAACCAAACACCAGUCACAGUUUGUAGUGAUGAUCAAGCAAAUAACAACACAGGAUCUGAGCCAAGUGUCACCAAUAACAAUCUCAUGAGCAGUAGUGGACUCACAGAGGUGCUGAAAGAGAUUGCAGGAUUGGGGAGCACAUCUGAUCCUAGGCCUCCCCCAGACCCCAGAACCCGUGAGACUUUUCUCUGCAGGAUCAAUCAGUGUUACCGGCGUUCCCUGGAAAGAAAACCCUCCGCAAGCUGCCUCUCUGGAGGUCGUCAUGAUAUGGGAGAGACAAAAAGAGCUGUGCGAAAAGUGGCACUAAGUGGUGAAGAGGGGGCAGUCAUCAGCUGGGAUGGUGGACGCUUCUGCUACCCAGAGUUCUCCAGUGGUGAAGAGAGCUGGGAUGAUGAAGGUGAGACCGAGAGAGGGGAACGGGAGAGCUGGGAAGAGAGUGAUGAGGAACUCCUGGCCAUGGAAAUACGAAUGAGGGGACAGCCACGUUUUGCUAACCUACAGGGGGGCAGUCUGUCUCCAGUACCUGGGCGUCCAGGUGGGAGAGAAAAAUGGAACACUGUGCCUCUGCGCCAGAAGUCAUUGCAGAGGGUUUGUGCUGUGGAUUAUGAUGAUAGUUAUGAUGAGAUUCUAAAUGGCUGUGAUGUGGCUGAAGACAGGAGUGUAGCUGCUAUUUGUCCUUCUCCUGAUCCGUCCAUGACUGAGUCGUUUUCCUGUCCCCCUUCUUCUUCCUCCUCCUCUUCUUCUUCAGGGGGGUUAUUUUGUAACGGUGAAGUAUUAUCAGAUAAAGCAGAAGAAGGUUCAGAAGGUGCCACACAAGGUGCGGUUCAGGAUUGUGGUAUGGCACAAGCUAAGCCUUAUCGUGUUGUGAAUCUGGAACAACCAGUCUGUAAGCCUUAUACGGUGGUAGAUGUGUCUGCAGCUAUGGCUGGUGACCGCUUACGUCAGCCCAACACCAGGUUAAAGAAGGCAACUGCAACUCGAUACCAGGAGGUGUGGACAUCCAGUACUAGUCCUCGGCAGAAGAUUGCAAAGAAUGAGGUGGUAGAGGCACCCAAACGUAGCUGCCACAAGUCAGCUCCCACCUCUCCUACUGCUGGGUUGAGUGCCAACACUGUGCCUGUCCGAUCACCCAACUUGUCAGAAAUUAAGUUCAACAGUUAUAACAAUGCUGGCAUGCCACCCUUUCCAAUUAUAAUCCACGAUGAACCAGAAUAUGCUCACAGUUGCAAGAGUGCUGAUAAAGUGCCUAUCCUUAUUAAUCCUGGGGCCUAUGACAACCUGGCUAUAUACCGUAGCUUUGUGGGGGCAAGUGCGGUGUCUCCGAUUCCCCCUGAAAAGGAAAAAAGAUCAACUAAUAGUGUUACCAGCCACACAUAUGAAGAGAUAGAGACACCAGCAAAAGGGCAGAGAAAGCAGGCUUCUUUAAGUGAAAUGACACAGGAGGUUAAUGGUUGUCCCAGAGAGAGUGCCAACCGGGUGCUUUCCCAGAUUGUGGCAUCCAUACAACCGCCUCGCUCUCCUCCAGAGCCUGUGACUCCUGAGUCUACAAGUUCUGAGAUACCUACCUUACCAGAGCAACACCCUGAUGCUGAAUCUCCGCAAGGGUCACUGGAAAGACCCAAGACACUCUUUACUUCACAGAGUGAUAUGACAGGAACUCUCAGCUUUAAAAAGGCAUCCCCAGUGUCUUCCUCUGAAGUGAGCCCCACAAUUCAUGGCACCAAUGAACCCCUGCCACCAUUUCCCCCCCCACGUUCAACUUCUUCUCCCUAUCAUGCUACCAUGCUGCAAAAGCAUUUUGCAACACGUGGUAAACCUACUGGAACCAAUCGCCCGUCACCAAGUGAAUAUACGACACAACCACGCCGACAGUCAGAUGGAAAGCCACGCCGAUGGAUCUCUUUCAAAAGCUUUUUCAAGAGGAAAAAGGAUGGGAGUGGGCCGAGUGCAGCAGAGGAGAGGGGUGAAGAGGGCAAAUUAUUAGGGCUGGAUGGAACAGUUAUCCACAUGCUCCCACCACCACCAGUUCAGCGCCACCAGUGGUUUAGUGAAAGCCAUGGAGAACAUGGAGAGAAACCAGCUAUUGUGUUCAUGUGUCCAAAUGAAGACCAGAAAGUAACCAACUGUCAGGAAGAAAAAGUGGAUGAUGAGAACAAAUCUAGCAGUAUCCCUGAUACUACUCCAGAACAAGAACCCACCUCGCCUAUAGGAACACCCCUGACAACACCAUCCCCAGAUGAGCUGGUUGUGGGCAAUUCUCUGCAGUUGGCAGAACCUGACAUGCAGGCUCAAGGGGAGUAUGUACCUGCCUCUGAUUGCUCAUCUGAAUGCAGUCCUGGAGGCGCAACCUACAGCAACCUAGGUCAGUCUCGUGCAAACAUGAUUCCAUAUAAGCAACCUCGCCAAACACGAGGAGGUAGCCCACCACAAGAUUUGGAUUCCCAUCCCACUCCUCCUCCCCUUCCUAAGAAGAACUUGACACCUCGCCAUGCCACCCCAGAAAAAAGAUCUGGAGCCCCACUGAGUCUGGCCAACCCUACUUAUGAUACAGAACGCAAAUGGGAGGCAGCCGGAGAUGAGUCAGAUAACUCCCUAGAGCGGGCAAAAAGCUGCAGUGGACAGAUUGCUGAGUUGCAGGCAGAAGCUUUAAGGAGAUUUUUUGCCCGCUGUGAAGAUAUCUUUAUGGCAGGCCAAAGAGAGCCUAUAAACUUUGGAAUAGAGAACUGGCCUGACUUUCGACUGAUCAGUGCAACAACCUGCUGCAUGGCUGGGGAUGCUGUUUAUUACCGUGCAUCAUAUGCAAAGGACCUGGGCAAUCUCUAUGCUGUGAAGAUCUUUCGCAACAAGUCCAAGCAGGCCCAAAGGGAAUAUUACCAUUGCCUGGCAGUACGUCAGGGUCUCUCAGAGCACUUUAAUAUCCAGCAGGACUGUGGGCAUUUCCUAGCAGAGGUGCCUGCACGCCUGCUUCCUUGGGAAGAUCCUACUGUUUCAGAAGAUGAGGGUGAGGAAGAGGAGAAAGAAGGAGAAAAAGUAUCUGGCUCUACAGAAUCCAAGGUGCCACAAGACAAACAACAGAAACAGCCUGUAUCAGGCCACCAGGGAUCACUUGGAAAACGUAGGAAUAGAAUAGUGGUUAUUACACGAGAACCACCUCUGCAAACUCUGGCGGACUUUGUUCGUAAAGGUGAAGAAAGGCACCGCCGAGAGCCAGAGGCAUACGAGCGCCAAGUAUGUUUGCUUCUCCUUCAGCUGUGUGGUGCAUUGGAGCACUUAAAGGCGCAGGGCAUCACUCACUGUGAUUUACGUCUUGACAACUUACUAAUUGUUAGCUGCAAACCUGGUGUGAAAGGGUGCAGCUGCUAUCCUGGUUCUAUGACAGCAGAACAGAGUGACAGCAAUAUGAUGAUGGGUUCUUUAGAAAAGAGGGAAACACCAUCAUGUCCUGGUCGUCUCCUUCUUACCAACUUCAGCCAGGCGAAAUUGAAGAGCCAAGCUGCUUGGCGUCCACAGGGUUUAGGAGAUCCUACACGACUAGCUCCAGAGAUUGUUGGAGCUACUCAGUACCGGCGGAGUGAUGAGUUUCAGACAGGGAUUCUGAUCUAUGAGAUGUUGCACCUACCUAACCCAUUUCAAGAUGGAGGUUUAAAAGAGAAAGAAUAUGCCUGUUGUGAUUUGCCAGUGUUGCCACGCCGCUCUCCCUAUUCCCGUGGCCUUGGGCGUCUUGCUGGAUUACUUUUGCAGCACAGCCCUUCAGACAGGUUGCAGGUGGGGCAAGCUAAAGGGGCCUUACGUUGUCUGAUAUGGGGACCUCGAGAGGAGGUGCUCCAAGGGCCAGGAGCUCUUCAUAAUUGGCUUGAGGUAAAGAGAACAAUGUUGCUAAUAAAGUUGGCAGAGAGAUCACUAGAUAAAGAGGGAGGGGUGACUUUGGAAGACUGGUUGUGUUGUCAGUACCUGGCAUUUGGCACAGCACGGGGACUAGCACAGACAAUUCGGCUACUGGAACAUCAUUGAAAGGGAUAUUUCCCCCAUCAUACACCCUCCAAAGUGUGUGUGCAAUAGCUCGGACUUAUCCCAACAGGCUCCGUUUAAGAAGCUUGAACUUUCAGUGUUAUACCACUCCCUCUCUGCACACUUGGGCAGUUGACACGCACAUGCUUUUUGCACUCUUUAAGCUCUUUGAGCCUCUUCCACAGACAUAUACAUUGCUUUGCAUGUCUCAAAAACACCAUUUUCUAGCCUCCUACAUAAUGGACACUGAGACAUAAAUCUAUAAAAAGUACCUACACAUUUAUUAACUUAGCUAAAUAAAUAUAGUAAGGUUGUUUACCAUCUACCAAGCCUAUAUUUAAGUCUAAAUUAAUUCCAUUUAUACAUCAUUUUCAUCAACUGAGAGGAAGUUAAUGUAAAUCGAUUUUCUGUUUCCUAAUCCUCUAAUGCAGGUGUGUGCUGGCUGCAUGGGGCACUAUGAAUGUAAUAGAACCCUUUCAUGGAGGGAUGAAUAUUUAGCACAGCACCCAUAAGUCUGCUGUCUAAUUAGUCCAAGUAAUGACAAGACUUGAAGCCUUGGUAAAGAAGUCUGGCUGAUACAUAAAACCUUAGUCAGUCACAGGAGACAGUUUCCUACCCUAGUUACUGCUGCUACAGGCUGAAAACUCAGGGCUGCAUAAUGAAGUAAUGUUUUUAUUCUCUACAAGGAAAAGUGGGCUUUGGCACAGACAAGAAAUGUAUAAGGUUCCAUUUCUAUGUGUACACAGAAUGUUUUGUGCACAAUAUAUCAUACACCCAGAGAUGUAAUAAUGUAAGAGGAAAUAAGUAGAAUGUAUACCAUUAACACAAUUGGUUGCAGUUUAAGAUAGUACUAUGGCCUUCCUCAGAUUUAGAGAUUCCCCUGACUUCCUGGCCUAAAUAUUCUGGUUCUGUUGCUAUCCUUUUCCAGGCACUUUGUAGGCUGGUCACAUCAUCUGUGUCUUGCCAUCCCACAGCCCCCCCAUCAGGUCCCUAUCAGAGCUCUAGUGUGCUAAGGCUUAAACGGACAGUGUUACAAUGAGGCACAUUCAUUUACACCAUAAUCUAUAUUAUCAUUUUACUACCUGCUAAAUAAUACAGGCUCUGGCACAUACCAAAAUAGCAUUCAGCUGCAGAUGAUGCUCAGAGCUUCCAAAAAAGGAACAACCAAUUAGGAUGAAGGUACUAACUUGAUUCAUUUAUUAAAAUCCAUACUCUUUUACCUUUUCAUAAAUGUAACUGAAACGAAACACAUCUAUCAUGCACUCAUAAUAACAUGACACGCAGGCAUUCUGCCAGUCUAUGAGGGAGAUUACCAGUAAUAGUAUUAAUAUGAAAUGUUUUAUUCUGAAUGCUUUUAAUACCAUAAAUCCAUAUUUAUAUUUAUAAAAAUACAUUGAUAUGGUGAAAGGUGCAGAUAUGAAACAUGGAGUGGCACUCUAAAAGCUUAAGCUUACUGUUUCCCACUAAACUGAAGUUGUAGGCCAUAUUACCCAAGCCUUCCCCCUGUACUUAGUUCGGAAAAUAUUAGAUUUACUCCAAUAGGAUCAUACGAUAACCUUCUAGGAACAGUGUAGGUGAACAAAAUGUGUCUCUAAGCAGAGAAUUUAGUUUCAUUAAUGAAUAUUUACAAAUGUCUCUGCUGCUACAGAAUUUGGCUAUGUGCAAAAAGGCCCACAAAUAAACAUUUAUAUGUUCUUCUUGCAUUCGCCAAGGGCCUAAAACCAUAUCCUUUGUAUAAGUUUUCAUCAAAUUUGGGGGAUGUAACUGCAAUUUGGCCACCAUCCAUCCCUAUUCUAGGAAUAGGACAAACUCUGUGUGUAUAUAAGAGCAAUGGCAUAAUACAUUUUAUAGUAUCGUUGCUUUAGGGGGUCAGGAAUGGUUAUUGAUACCGUAAGAAGUAUACAGAAGACAGAAGAUUUGCUUUCUUCUUUAGAUUUGUUUCUAUUAGUGGUUACAUCAACAACAAUAAAAAAAACAUUCUUUUAAUUUAUGAAUAUAUAUUAGAGAAAUGAUAUAUGCAUAUAACAAAAUACUUUUGUUGAAACAGUUUUAGCUGCAACAUCCCCCCCAGUAUAAUAUACACCUUAAAACAGCAGGUUUCAGGUGCAUCUUUCAGGCUGUGUGGGUGAUCAUAGAAAAUUUGGAUCCAAACACCAUGAAGAGUCCCUGGGUUUUUAUGAGCAAUAACAGGGAGUACAGGCUAUUACAGUAGCUGUAAGUGCCAUUCAUGUAUAUUAAUUGCUGCACCUUAAACAUUCCUGAUUUACUGGGAGCAGGAGGCACUUUGUAACUAAUCGUUUGGCUUUCAACGUGGCAUCACAGGUUUUCAGAUUUGAACAUUCUGCCAUUCUGUAACCACUACUUGCUUCCUUGGACUAUAUCAUUGCAUUCAUGGGCUAUGUUAUCCUACUCGGAAGUUGUGUUUAUGUCCUGGGUGCAUUACUGCCGAAGGUACAUAUCAGUGGUUGGUACCACCUCUGUUAUACAAGUGGUUUGGAUAUCUCUCGCUUUCUUUCUGUAACUCUUUCCGGUUAUGCUGUGGUACUCACCCAUGGUCAUAUUAUUACAGUGUUAAUAAAUCUGUUUUAUGGCACAAAA